AUGCUAUGGUGGUUGUUCCGCUUUGUGGUUCCUUCGUUGUCGGUGUUGUGCUUGGCGCCAGCUGCCAACAUCUACGUUGAUCACUGCAGGAUCUCGCAUGCAGGGAGUUCUCACUGCAUCCGGCAGGACAUUUUCCGAGUGUCCGAAGAAGAGAAUCCGCGCGAGAGAGAGCUCUCACAAGAGAUCGACUCAUGGAAGGAGAAAGCUGCCGCAGGAGAGCGACUGCCAUGGCACGGACUUCGAGUUGUGGCUGCACUAACUACAACACCGCGACGCAUCUCGCAAAUCGAGCCAGCCUUGGACAGCCUACUAGCUCAAACAUGGCCCUUGGAUUUGGUCUACCUUUUCGUGCCGCAGGUAUUCAAGCGAGAGAACACUACCUAUACGAUGCCUUCGUGGCUUGUGUCGAAGCUUGCCGACCCGCGUCUGCGCUUGAUCCGCUGCGAGGACUGGGGGCCAGCAACUCACAUGAUGGAGGUGCUCCAAGCCGAGCGAGAUCCAGAGACUGCUAUUCUUCAGGUGGACGACGAUCAAAGCUACGGCCCGCAUCUGCUGGAGACGCUGCUCCACGUGUCUGGACCGGCACCCGGUCGUGCUGUAGGCGCUGCCACGCAGCAUGCGCACUUACACCUCAGCGGCGUCGUCUUGGAAGGUGUCCAUGGCGUGCUUUUUCGACGCAAGUUCUUCGACGAAAGCGUCUUUGACUACACUGGCUUCUCGAAGCAUUGUCAGCUGCACGACGACCUCUGGCUUUCGGCGCACCUGGCGAGAAAGGCCCAUGUCCGGGAGGCACUGUCCUCACGCUUCGGCACGAAGCCCCUGCCGUUCGGAUUUGGCAAAGACGCCCUGUACAGGGGCGGCGCCGGCAGCGACAACACCAAGAACUUUUUCCUUUGCUCGGCAUCUCUCCUGCAGGCAUUUCCUGACCUUUGGGAUCAGAAGUAUCGCGUGGCUGUGGCAGCGCCGCUCGGCCGCGGCACCUCCGAAAGUGCACUGCGACGCCUGGUGGGUGCUGGCGCCCAGGCGCUCUACUUGCUCGGCGAGGCUGCACCCAAGCACACGGUGACGAGCCAGCGAGCAUUCAGGGUCCGUGGAGGUGUUCACCGCCAGCUUGGAACAUUUGCAUCCUCUUUCGAGGUGACGAUGAAAAGCUGCUACGCGAGCUGCGACCUUGCGGAGGCCUUGAGCGCAGCCCUCCAGUUCGAGGAGGAUCCGGCGACCCUGGUUAUUCUCUCGCCUGCCGCAGUUCCUGGUCCUCUUGAUUUCCGUUCCAUGGUCCAAUGGCACGUGAGCUGCAGUCGCAAAGCCAGACCGAGUCGAGAGCUUUGCCGCCGAGAAGAUGGAAGCAUCUCCUUCCGAAGGUUGGCUGCAUAUCCCGCCGAUCGUAUUCAAGGCGCCAUCUUUAUGCCCAAGUUCAGCCAGCACUUCUACGUCCAUCGGCAUGCAGGAGCCCUCCGAGACAUGGCUGGGCCAUGGAGGGAGAGUCCUACGCUCAGGGCCAAGUUGGAUCUUAUCCACGGGCAAGGACUGGAGGAUCCUGUUGUCAAGGCCUUCCUGGCCGAAGGCGAGAGACUGCCUCGUCGUGUGGUGGUGGUAGUGGCCGCCCCGGCAGCAGCACUUCGGCUUGCCGCACGGGCCGGGCGAAUGCCAGGUGCCCAGCUAAUCGUCGUGGCCCUCAGAGCCCGAGCAGGCGCCAGGCGCUGCGGAGUGGGAGCUUGGGCAGCGCAGCCCAAGCUCCGCAUAGCCUGCAUCGAUCGCAAGCGCCGGUUUCAUCCGCUCCUUGCAGUACUGGACUUGGAGAAGCUUCCCGAGACGCAGAUCUUUCUUAGAGGUUUUCGGCGCAAAGUUCCGCCGCUGUCGGACUUUCUCCAGGCUUCAGAUCUUUGGGCUGGUGCUGUCAUUGCCAGCCACGCAUCUCUGUACGGCGAGCAUGGUGGUCCCAUUCCGGUCACGUCCCUGGGAGCUUUGUACCGCAGAGGCUUUUUUGAUGAGCGGAUCAUUGAAGACUUGCAUGGUCCUUGUGCUCAAGAGCCCGAUCUCGUCGUGGCCAGCCAUAUCGCCCUCAAUGGGGUGCCGACCGAGGUGCUGGGCACCUCUUUGCCGCCGCCCUUGCCUACAAGUCGGUCUACGGAGUGCUGGUCGGAGCUGAUCGAACGCCAUCCUUGGCUUUGGACUUCCUUGCGGCCCAGGAGGGUGAUUCUUCACGUGGCCUUGAUGGAUGACACGGACGACUUCUUGCUGGGCUUGACCCUGCGCUACGCCGUCUCGCAGACUCGACGGCCCGACGAGGUGAUGCUGCUGACUGUUGGGCAGUCGAACUUCGAGGACCCGGGAGAAGUGGACACCCAGGUGCGUCACGGUGCUUCAAUUCGCAUCGAGGGGAGUCGAUGUGUGUUGGUCUCUCGUCACGGUCGAAGACUGCCUGUCAGACUUCCCCACUUUCUUGCGACGUUGGGAUCGGGGAAGGUCGGAGCCGUUCUGCGGACCUCCGAAGGCCGCGGUCCCACAGUGUCAAUCCUCCGCUGCUCCGGGGACAGCUGUAGACCGAAGCCGCACUUGGCCGCCGCAUUCUACAGAGAGCUGGAGCCUUCAACGGCAAUGAUCUUCUGCUCCGCCGAACGGCUGAUCAACGAGAGGCUUGUGGAGGAGAAUGUGGCCUGUCUAGACUCGUGUGCCCCACACUGCUCGCCGCAGAACUGGUGCGGCCAAGCGAGCACUCGAGAAGACGGUGCGCUGUACGAUCUGAGCAUCACGCGGGCAGCCGGAUAUGUAGACCACGCUUUCUUGCUGUUUAGCCGAUCAGCUCAAACUGAGUGCAUUCUGGAAAUUCUGACCUACCGCGAAUCAAGGAAAAGCUUUACUCGGUCCGACCAUGCUAGGAUGUAUUAUCGUGCGCAGCAACAUGCCAUUCCCAUUCAGGCACAGUCUCUCAUCGAUGCUUGGCUGGCGGCGCAUGCUGCCACACUCAGUGCCACUACUAGCGCUGAUGCCUUGAAAAGCCGACUGCAAAGUUUGGUCGGCGCGACCUGCACCAAUGCUUGGUGGGACGACGCCUCGGAGCGCUUGGAGGGUGGAAGCCCGACUUUGCCGCUGCAAAGGAAGCUGGCAGAGGUACUGACACGCGGUCGCCAGGGCUUGCGCAGUGUGAGUCCGGUGCCGCCAGCCGAAGGUGCGACAGGAGGGGAGGCCUGGCCAGAGCGAGGAGCCGCUUGGGUGCUGGCGGCUUUGGAGGAUGUCGUGGGCUCCGUUGCUUCACACUCGGCCCGAAAGGCGGCCACGGCUGCAGGUCGCCCGUCCACCGCCGGAUCACGACCGGGCACUGCGCAGCGCCCGGCCACCGGCACUCAAGGGCGCCACCAGUUCCAGCCGCCUGUGAGACUUCAAGAAGGCACGGCGCCUUCCAAGCAGAUGGAACGUCUCCGACUCCUUGGCAUCAAGCAUUUUGUUGCUGCGGCGAAAGCUGAUGACGAUCUUCAGAACUGUCAACUGGUGGCCACCUGCCUAGCAGACGUUGCCAUGGGCCUGGCACCGCACCUGGAGAGCGAUGAUCUCAUGGCCAAGCCAGAGUACCGGGAGCGCUUGGUGGCUUGGGCUGCUCAGGAAUGCCAGGGGCAGAAAGAUCCGUCCGCCAUUCAGCAAGCUAUCCUGCAGGCAAUGAAGGUCACCCCUGCAGCAACUUCAUCGAGAGGCCAGAUUUCAACCAAAGUCCCGAGUGCCGCCGCCAAGCCUUCUCAGCCUGCAGGCUCGGUGCGUGGCAGCUGGCUGCCGAAGGUCUUCGUGCGGGAGUUCAAUGCAGAAGGUGACGAGGAGCACUUCGUGCAAGAAAGCUCCCAUGAGUUUGCUCGCCAUGCCACCAUGUCGUCCGAGUCCUGCGAAUUUUCUACAACCUGCUCCCCGGAAAACCUGUCGCGGUCAAGCCUUCCGAUUCAGGUGGAGCAUGUGGAGCCAGACUCUGGUGAUGAUGUCUUCACGGGAGGAGCGGCGAUUGCAUGA